UAACAAACUAAGUCUGUUAUGCAAAAGAAUAAUAACGUGUGUGUGUGUGUGUGUGUGUGCCUGUGCCAAUGAAUUCCUGGGAUCAGACCAUAAAGCAUGAAACAGCUGAAACCUGACAGCCUGCCCUGAGAGUGGCUAUGGAACAAUGACUGCCUACUUUAGAUAUUUACCUCAGUUCACCUCUCAUGCCAAUCUCAGGUCACUAGUUAAUGGUUAAGCUCUUGUGGAGAAAGAAACGCUAACAAUGUUUCAUUUCAGGCUGAUAAGACUCGACCUUAGGGGUUUAGCCUACUGUAACUGAACUUCUGUAAAUUCUGUGCCUGCCUGUUAGUGGACUAUGGAAAGCAGCAGAGUCUGUCUAAGCAUAAUUUUCAGAACCACUGGACUCAUGGUUUACUAAAAAAGCAAAAUAGCAAGAAAUCUAACUGUCAACUCCAUGCAGUGCAAUUGAGACACCUUUUCAGGUAAACACACCUCCCCUCUGUCCUCCUCCUGACUGUCACACAGUCACUCUACAUACAUAGAAUGCCAUUUGAGAUAUUUUCAGGAGAUUGGGUGUAGUGUCACAGAGCACCCGCAUCACUAGCUAGAGAACUGUCGAUCAACCUGAUACAGGAGGUGCAUGUCCACACAGACAACUCCAGGUUGGAUCCUGUUAAGCCUACCUGUCUCCAGCAGCCCAGGAUCUUCGGCAGGUCCCGUUUCAGUGCCCGGGAAGAACUCACUGAGAAAUACUGUGACUUUGGGGGACUGCCAGUACAUGUUGGGUUGUGACAAGUAUAAUUAUCUUGCCUCUAGGUAAUGGUGUUGGAAUCAGUCUGAUCUGUGCAACUACCUUCACUUUUCCGGACAGGGCGCUGGCACAGGAAGGCCUGGACCUUGGACGCAGAAGCGCUGUACGGGGUGUUGUAGUGCCAAUGGCUCGCCUGUUCCCAUGCACUCACUUUGUCCUUCUGUUACUGCUGCAGCUAAGGUCCCCAUCUGCAGGUGCACUAGAGAUGAUAGAUGGCGCACAUCGACUCACCUGCAACCAGGGCCUGACUGACUGCAGUGUAAAAGAUGUUGCCCUUCCUGGCAUGAAGGGUCCUGUGAAAGUUAGCCGGCUGGAGCUCAGCGUGUUUCUGUGUUGCACCAACGGCCAAUACUGCAAACCCUGCCUGCGAGUCACGGUCUACUUCACGAUCAAAGAUAAACAUAAGGACCAGGAAGUGUCUGGUGACUACAGUGACGAAGAUGACAGCUCUAACCAGAAGGAAUUAAGAGAAGAGAGUCUCUUAGGAAUGCCACGCAGCACAACAGCAGCUUCUGUAACCGUGUGUUACAGCUACCCAAACAUUUUGAAUCGCUGCAAAGAAGUGACAUUUACAUUGAUCCAUUCAGCUCUGGGGGACCAGCACCCUCCUGAGCUGUGGCUGUCGAUAUUGUUGGAGCCAGAGCCAGUACAAUAUGGAAGUCCAGUCAUCGUCCACGCAUUAUAUACCUCAGUUACCACCACUAUCCCCUCCUUAGAAGAUGUUUGUUCCCCAGACCUACAUAGUGUUGUGAAAGAAUGUGAUGCGCCAAAGCUCAGAGCUGUGAUUGAUAAGAAGAGAGGUGUGGCUGUGCUCCAACUGGAUAGUUCUAACAAGACACCGACCAGUGAGAUGGGCAUGUGCCAGAUGUUCGGGACUGGAGAACCUUGCAGAUACCAGAAGUGGAGCCAGAGAGAGAUGAGCAUUCCUUUGAGGUCUAUAGCGCCCUGUCUGUGCUUUCAGGUUUGGUGGAAGGGACAGAAUCUACGCAGAGAGAUCUGCCCCUUCAUGAACAACAAAGAGCUUUUCAGAAGAAUGUGGGACAACAACGUGUCCUUGUCAGUGGAGGAGGCUCAGACGAACGUGGGGAACGGCACAGUGCUGAGUUGGAACGUGACUGCCCCCUGUCGCCUGGAGGGGGAACUGUGGCUGUGUAGAAGGGGCUCAGCGGGGGGGCAUUGCGAGGAGUUGAAGGGCUCAAGGCAGAGGAUGCACAAGCACACACAUGCCGGGUGGACGCCCACUCUCCACGGACACUGGAAAAGAGGAGAGUUCAUCAAUGUGAACCCUCAUCCUGCUCUGUGUGUCCAGAUGAAAGUACAGGGGAUGGAUACAAAGCUGGAUCCCUUGUGUCCAUUUGCAACACCACGGAACCGAUGGCUCCUGACUCUCCUGAUAGGGCUGCUACUAAUCUGUUUGGCAAUACUUGGGGCCUACGUCAUACAUGGUGCUCUCAAAGGAUACGUGUGGAGAUGGUUGAAAGAUGAAGACAUAAAAGGUGCAGUAGGAGGUGGCCACAUUGUGUUGCUGUACCCUCCUGACAAUGAUCAGGCUGUGCUGGGGCUGGUGUGUCGUCUGGGCUUGUCCCUCUCCUCUCUGGGCUUCAGUGUAUCUCUAGACCUGUGGAGCCAGGCCGAGCUCAGUGUCCUGGGACCAGUUCCAUGGCUCCACUCCCGGCUUGAUCGCCUGCAGAGACAGGGGGGGAAAGUGGUGCUGGUGCUGACCCAGGCAGCCUGGGAGAGGGCUGAGGAGUGGGGCAGUCGGGGCAGCCGGGGCAGCCGGGGCUGGGAGAGGGAUACUCUCUGGUGGAGGGGGUGUGACGAGGAUGGGGAGUCAGGGGUGGGGUGUCGUUCUCCAUAUUCGGAUGUCUUCAGUGCCUCGCUCAGCUGCAUUCUAGCGGACUACUUGCAGGGCCGUGCCGGCGAACGCUUCACCCUCGUGCAGUUUGAGUCUGUGCCUCCCGGCGGCUGCCGCCCCCUGCCUGAGCUCUUCAGGGGGCUGCCACUCUUCAGCCUCCCCUCCCAGAGCCUGGGCUUCCUGACUGAACUCGCUUUGGGGCGAGGUAGGGGGGCAGCAUCAGGGCGACGAAGGCGGGCAGGGGGGCUCAGGGCAGCCUCACGGGCACUGGCUGGGGGGCUGAGAGGGUUUGUGGGGGGUUCGGCAAUGUUACGGCUGGCCGGGCUGCCCCAGGACUGUGUUGGUGCAGGGGUUGAGGACCCCUGGGAGUCUGUGCCGCUGCAGCCGUGUCUCACCACCCCACCGUCUAGCCCUGACAUGCCCAAGAUCAGCGGGAUGGACUGGGUCUAAGAGGGCAGGAGAGGCUGGGGAGGAACCAGGGGCCUGUUCCGCAGGAUGCUAACUCUGGCACUGACAUACUAUAAUCCGAUACUGGACAUUAGGGCUUCAGGGGAUGGUGGUUUGAAACUGUGUCUCAUGUACUUUUGGAGCUACUGUCCAAAGUAGAGCAUGAAUUGUUAAUAUUAUAAAUAAUUAACUUUUGUGGUCCUGAAAAACUACUGUCAACUCCAGUUUAGAGAUUGCUCAGUUUGGCUGGUCAGCUCUAGAGAGGUUCUUGAUGGUUCCAAAGUUCUUCCAUUUAUGGUUCCAAAGUUCUGUCUUCAGAAAGUAUUCAGACCCCUUGAAUUUUUCCACCUUUUGUAACGUUACAACUUAAAUCUAAAAUGAAUUACAUAAAAACAAUUCCUCAACAAUCUACAAACAAUACCUUAUAAUGACGAAGCUAAAAACAGGCUUUUAGAAAUGUUUGCAAAUAAAAUAAAUACAAGUAAAAAACAUACAAAAGUAUUCAGACCAUUUGCUAUGAAACUCGAAAUUGAGCUCAGGUGCAUCCUGUUUCCAUUGAUCAUCCUUGAGAUGUUUCUACAACUUGAUUGGAGUCCACCUAUGGUAAAUUCAAUUGAUUCGAAAUUAUUUGGAAAUGACACACAUAAGGUUACACAGUUGGCAAUGCAUGUCAAAGCAAAAACCAAGCCAUGAGGUCGAAGGAAUUGCCCGUAGAGACCCAAGAGAGCAUUCUGUCGUGUCACAGAUCUGGGGAAGUGUACCAAACAAAUUCAUUGAAGGUCCCCAAGAACAGCAUUGAAGGUCCCCAAGAACACAGUGGCCUCAUUCUUAAAUGGAAGAACUUUGGAACCACCAAGAAUCUCUAGAGCUGGCCGCCCAGCCAAACGUAUUAACCGGGGGAGAAGGGCCUUGGUCAGGAAGGUGACCAAGAACCCAAUGGUCACUCUGACAUAGCUCUAGAGUUCCUCUGUGGAGAUGGGAGAACCAUCCAGAAGGACAACCAUCUCUGCAGCACUCCACCAAUCAGGCCUUUAUGGUAGAGUGGCCAGAUGGAAGACAUUCCUCAGGAAAAGGCACAUGACAGCCCACUUGGAGUUUGCCAAAAGGCACCUAAAGACUCUCAGACCAUGAGAAACAAGAUUCACUGGUCUGAUGGAACCAAGAUUAAACUAUUUGGCCUGAAUUCCAGGCAUCACAUCUGGAGGAAAGCUGGCACCAUUGCUAUGGUGGUGGCAGCAUCAUGCUGUGGGGAUAUUUUUCAGUGGCAGGGACUGGGAGACAAGUCAGGUUCGAGAGAAAGAUGAAUGGAGCAAAGUACAGAAAGAUCCUUGAGGAAAACCUGCUGCAGAGCGCUCAGGACCUCAGACUGGGGCAAAGGUUCACCUUCCAACAGGACAACGACCUUAAGCACAAAGCCAAGACAACGCGGGAGUGGCUUCGGGACAAGUCUCUGAAUGUCCUUGAGUGGCCCAGCCAGAGCCCGGACUUGAACCCGAUCGAACAUCUCUGGAGAGACCUGAAAAUAGUUGUGCAGCGACGCUCCCCGUCCAACCAGAGCUUGAGAGGAUCUGCAGAGAAGAAUGGGAGAACCUCCCCAAAUACAAGCUUGUAGCUUCAUACCUAAGAAUGUCUAAAAAACGAUUUUUGCUUUGUCAUUAUGGGAUAUUGUGUGUAGAAUAAUGUGUGUAGAUUGAUGAGGGAAAAAACUAUUUAAUCAAUUUUAGAAUAAUAACCUAACCAAAUGUAGAAAAAGUCAAGGGGUCUGAAUACUUUCCGAAGGCACUGUACAUAGUCAUUGAACACUUCUAUAAUGUUUACUUCCUGUUUUACCCAUAUCAUAUAUACUGUAUUCUAAUCAAGGCUCACCCUAUAUAACUACUGCUGUACACACCUUUCCUAUUCAUAUACUGUCUAUACUGUUCAUACUCUCAUACUCAUAUAUAUAUAUAUAUAUAUAUAUAUAUAUAUAUAUAUAUAUAUAUACUGUAUAUACACAGUACAAUUCAAAAUGUUGCACACACUUACUCAUUCAAGGGGUUUUCUUAAUUUUUUACUAUUUCUAUAUUGUAGAAUAAUAUUGAAGACAUCAAAACUGUGAAAUAAAACAUAUGGAAUCAUGUAGUAACUAUAAAAGUAUAUAUAUGUUUAUUUCAGAUUUUAGAUUCUUCAAAAUAGCCACCCUUUGCCUUGAGGACAGCUUUGCACACUCUUGGCAUUCUCUCAAACAGCUUCAUGAGGUAGUCACCUGGAAUGCAUUUCAGUUAACAGGUGUGUCUUCUUAAAAGUUAAUUUGUGGAAUUUAUUUCCCUUGUAAUGCUUUUGAGCCAAUCAGUUGUGUUGUGACAAGGUAGGGGUGGUAUACAGAAGAUAGCCCUAUUUGAUAAAAGACCAAGUCCAUAUUAUGGCAAGAACAGUUCAAAUAAGCAAAGAGAAAGGACAGUCCAUCAUUUCUACAACACAUGAAGGUUAGUCAAUCCGGAUUUCAAGAACUUUGUUUCUUUCAAGCGCAGUCACAAAAAAUAUUUAUCCAGCUCUAUGAUGAAACUGUUUCUCCACAGGAAAGGAAGACCCAGAGUUACCUUUGCUGCAGAGGAUAAAUUCAUUAGUUUCCAGCCUCAGAAAUGGGGAAUUAACUGCACCUCAGAUUGCAGUCCAAAUAUAUGCUUCACAGAGUUCAAGUAACAGACACAUCUCAACAUCAACUAUUCAAACGAGACUGCGUGAAUCAGGCCUUCAUGUUUGAAUUACUGCAAAGACACCACUACUAAAGGACACCAAUAAUAGGAAGAGACAUGCUUGGACCAAGAAACACAAGCAAUGGACAUUAGACCAGUGGAAAUCUGUCCUCUGGUCUGAUGAGUCCAAAUUUGAGACGUUUGGUUCCAACCGCCGUGUCUUUGUGAGAUGCAGAGUAGGUGAACGGAUGAUCUCCGCAUGUGUGGAUCCCACCGUGAAGCAUGGAGGAGGAGGUGUGAUGGUGUGGGAUUUCUUUGCUAGUGACACUGUCAAUGAUUUAUUUUCGAAUUCAAGGUACACUUAACCAGCAUGGCUACCACAGCGUUCUGCAGCGAUACGCCAUCCCAUCUGGUUUGGGCUUAGUGGGACUAUCAUUUGUUUUCAACAGGACAAUGACCCAGAACACACCUCCAGAAUGUGUAAUGGCUAUUUGACCAAGAAGGAGAGUGAUGGAGUGCUGCAUCAGAUGACCUGGCCUCCACAAUCACCCGACCUUAACCCAAUUGAGAUGGUUUGGGAUGAGUUGGACCGCAGAGUGAAGGAAAAGCAGCUCAGCAUAUGUAAGAACUCCUUCAAGACUGUUGGAAAAGCAUUCCUCAUGGAACUGGUUGAGAGACUGCCAAGAGUGUGCAAAGCUGUCAUCAAGGCAAAGGUGUCUACUUUGAAGAAUCUAAAAUGUAUUUGGAUUUGUUUUAAACUUUUUUGGUUGCUACAUGAUUCCAUAUGUGUUAUUUCAUAGUUUUGAUCAAUCAAUCAAUCAAUCAAUUUUAUUUUAUAUAGCCCUUCGUACAUCAGAUAAUAUCUCGAAGUGCUGUACAGAAACCCAGCCUAAAACCCCAAACAGCUAGAAUGCAGGUGUAGAAGCACGGUGGCUAGGAAAAACUCCCUAGAAAGGCCAAAACCUAGGAAGAAACCUAGAGAGGAACCAGGCUAUGAGGGGUGGCCAGUCCUCUUCUGGCUGUGCCGGGUGGAGAUUAUAACAGAACUAUGCCAAGAUGUUCAAAAAUUGAUGUCUUCACUAUUAUUCUACAAUGUAGAAAAUAGUGCAAAUAAAGAAAAACCCUUGAAUGAGUAGGUGUGUCCAAACUUUUGACUUGUACUGUAUAUACAUUUACAUAAUUUUUGAAAUCCUUAUAUUUUUUUUUUGGGGGGGGGGGCGGUGUAUUGUUUUGUGUUGUUAGGUAUACUGCACUGUUGAAGGUUGAAACAUAAGCAUUUUGCUGCACUUGUGAUAACAUCUGCAAAAUAUGUGUACCGUAUGCGACCAAUUAAAAUGUAAUUCGUUUUUGUGUUCAUCCCUGAACUGUAAAUGGGUGACAUUGUUGUACUCAACCAUUAUCUUCGUUUCAAAAUAUUAUACGGUUAAUUUGUAAAGUAAUUUGUUUUACUAAGUGGUUUGUUGGUUAAUUGUAUAACAUUUUAUGCAUUUGUGCGUUCUGUUAUCGUGCAGUUCUAUGUCGUGACUGUGUUAUCCAUCAUCAGCAAUAGGUAUAAAGUGGUUUGCUUCUA